CCCAAUGUGACCACAGCUGUUCCCGUCUCCAAUGUGACCACACUUCCUCCUGUCGCCAACGUUACUACAGCUGCCCCAGCCUCCAAUAUAACUUCAGUUGUUCCAGUCAACAGAGCAGCCACAGCAGGAGUGAGUCACGGUCUCCCAGCUGUCGUCACGGCCCCUCCUCAAGUGGCCGCCCAGUGCCCCUACACGCCGGGGCCGAUCCCUCUGCUGCUGCCCAACCCCGUCGACUGCGGCUCCUUCUACAUGUGCAGCUGGUACGGGACGGCCCUGUUGCAGCACUGUCCUCCUGUGCUCCACUUUAACGCCAAACUGCAGGUGUGUGAUUCUCCUGAACACGCCAACUGUAUCGAAAGAACCACAGCUGCUCAUGUCUCCAGCACCACUACUGCUGCCCCAGGUUACAAUGGGACCACAGCUGUUCCCGUCUCAAAUGUGACCACAGCUGUUCCGAUCUCCAAUGGGACCACAUUAUGAUAAAACCAGUCCCAGUCCCAAUAUGGCCACAUCUAUUUCGGAUCGCAUUAUAACAGCUGUUCUUCUAGUCAUCAAUACAAUCACACAGAUUCUAAACGCCAGUACUAUAGCAUUUAUUCGAAGUUUUGGUAGAACUAAAAGAUUUUCUACUUUGUUAUCCAUCUAUCACUGGUGUCUUCUUUUUUUCAAUAAAUUUCUUAAAAACACAUCUUUCGUCGAUUAUUAUACAAUUUACACAACUUUGGAAAUUAUACAUCUGAAGAGUAAAUGAAACAUUAAAAUCGUCUUGCAAAACUAGAGCUACAUAAGAGGAAAAUUAAAUGUACUUACGGUAAGACCACUAUAGGGUAAAUAAUGAAGGCUGAUAUUGAAAAGAAAUUCUUAGCAAAGAAAGAUUAAGACUACUGAAUUAAGGAAUGAAAGACCGCAAUAGUUUAAAAUAUUGUUUUGGAAUUAUGAAACAAGCCAUUGAAUUACCCUGGCAACAGAAUCUAGACUUGAUACGUGACAAUAUAUAUGCAUAUAUAUUGCGAGUGUGUGUCUGCCCGCUUCUCAUGCAGUCAUGUCAUGGUGAGUGCCAUACUCGGUGAAAUGAAACAGUGAUGCUUUGUGAGAUAACUAUGUAUGACGGUCAAAAUGCAUAAAGCCUGUAAUUUCUUAUAUCUUAAUAAUUCGAAGACGACGCCACAGAAACACUAGUCAUCUACCCAAGCACCUAUUAUCGGCAAAGCGACCUGACCUGACUUCCCAAUAAAUGAUUAAUGGUUCAAAAUAAUAAUAAGAUAAAUGUGUUAAACAUCAAAGAUAAUAUUGCGCUAUAGGAGACCACAGAAUCGAAAAGGCUUCCCACCAACGGAAGCCCCGAGAGGAGUUCUCCAGCCAGCGACCUCCUGCGCUGGGUCCCGGCCACGCCACAGCUCACACUGCCUGCAUUAUUCAUCCCUAUGUAUUUUUCUCUCUGUUCUUAUAACACCAAUGAAGAGCCGAAGCCCAGUUACUUUAAUCUUGUGCUAUUCAUUCUUGUAUAGUGCACUCUGUGAUCUUAUAACACCAAUAAAGAGUAAAGUCCGUAUAGCCUAUCAUUGUUUCCAGUAGUCAGUUAAGAGGCUCUGUAAUAACAAUCAAAGCAUCUUACAAUACGCCGUGAUGACUGGUCCGA